AUGGCGGUUUCUGGCAAGCGCGGACCUCUUGACGGCUCUUUCCCUCAUGAGCUCACCUCCAAUACUCCCUUUUCCAGCCAGACCCCGAAGAAGCCCAAAAUGCUAGUGAAUGAGACCAAUUCGCAGGCAUCAUCCGGACCUUCAUAUGAGGUUUUUCUGAGUUUUCGGGGAACCGACACCCGUCAUGGAUUCACCGAUUGCCUUUACCAUGCCAUGGUUGGGGUCGGGAUCCUUGUCUUUAGGGACGAUGAAUCCCUUCGCAUCGGUCAAAAAAUUGGUGGUAAACUUCUACAAGCAAUUGAGAACUCCAAAAUCUACAUUCCCAUAUUCUCCAAAAAUUAUGCUUCGAGUCACUGGUGCCUCCGAGAGCUCGCAUACAUGGUUGAGUGCACCUCAAAAUUGAAUGAGAAAAAAGAGAUUCUGCCCAUUUUCUUGGAUGUGGAACCUGAAGAUGUCAAGCUCAAAACAGACUUAUAUAGCCAAGCUCUUGCAAAGCACCAGGAAAAGUUUAGUGCAGAAGUGGAGUCAUGGAAAAAGGCUCUCAAUGAGGUGGACGAGAUAAAGGGAUGGAACUUGAAGAAAGAUCAAGGGUAA